ACCAGCUCGCGGUGUAGUAUGGCGGUGGAGAGCGCCCGAGAUUACGCCGCGAUUUUGUUCCGAUCUCUAGUAUCUGUGGGAGCAUCGGUAGGGUCAGUAACAAGACAGACCCUGUUUGCUCCCCUUCCACCUGUAGCACGGCCCUUCCGUGUUUGUAACCAUGACAGAAGCAGCCGGAGAGGAGUUGUUGCCAGCAGUCUGCAGGAGUUCAUGGCUAAGACCUUGGAUGCCUUAAUGAUUACUGCUGGACUGAUAACACUAGUUCUGGAGGAAGAUGGCACAGUGGUGGAUACAGAAGACUUCUUCCAAUCCCUGGGAAGUAACACACGCUUCAUGCUGCUCGAGAGGGGACAGAAAUGGAAGCCAGGGCCAAACUAUGGUAUUGCAACAGUACAGCAGCCAAAGAAAAUGGGGGUAGCAAAUAUCACCUUUGACUUGUACAAACUGAAUCCUAAGGACUUCAUUGGGUGUCUAAACAUCAAAGCUACCUUCUAUGAAAUCUAUUCUGUGUCCUAUGACAUCAGGUGUAUGGGAGCAAAGACUAUACUAAGGAGGAUACUUCGAUUUCUGUCGCAUGUUACGCAAAUAACAGGACAACUCCUUCUCUACACGGGGUCAUAUGUGCUACAAUUAAUGGGUGACUAUGAAGAAGAUCUGCUCAAAGAAAGAAAGCAUUGACUAAAUCAAACAAAAGGGACAUUUAGUAUUGAUUAUGCAGCAGACAUAUGACAUUUUGGGAAAUAUUAAAUGUAUUAACUGUUUCACGUAUUAAAUGUCCCAAGUUAACUUGGCACUCAAAUGAUCAAUGUGUAACUAAAGUAGCCUUCCUCUCAUGUUCAGGUUUUUAUUUAAGAUAAUGAUGUCAUUACUGUAAAUAUGACUGGAGUCUUUUUAAUACAGUGAAAGGUGUUUAAGCAGAGCAGUUCUUCUGCCAUUAACUUCCAAAAUGAAGUCCUGUGCAUGGCAAGCAGGCAACUUACCAAUUUGUAUCAACAGAUGGCUCUCUUCGUUGAUCACUAUCUGAACAGCCAUGUAGCAAAUUCUGAUUGGAGUCUGUGACUUGUAGAAGUGUAACACUAAUUUCAGCUACCACUUAAACCUCUUUCACUUUUGCUAACCUGUAAAUAAAAUAUCUAGUUUCUAGUAUUUAAAAA